AGUGACUUUAUAAAAUACUUGUAGCUGCACCUUCUUCUCAUUUCACACAAACACACACGCACACACGCACACAUACGCUGAGAGAAAAGAAACACAUGGAAACACCGGGAAGAAAGAGAAAAACAAGAGGAGGAGGGGGUUCAGGGCAGGUAGGGUUCAGAUUCCACCCCACCGGGGAGGAACUGGUGGACCAUUACUUGAAGCUCAAGAAACAGGACAAGGAUUUCCAAGCUGAAAACAUCCCUGAAGUCGAUGUCUGCAACUUCGACCCUGGGGAUUUGGCUGCUCGCAUGCCAUCCGACGAUAUGGAGUGGUACUUCUUCGGUCGAAAGAAUUAUAAGUACAAGAACAGCAAGCGGUCCAACAGAACCACACCAGGAGGCUACUGGAAAAUCACAGGCAAGGAGCGUGAUAUCAAGGCUCGGCGGUCCAAAGCUGUCAUUGGUAAGAAGAGGACCUUGACGUUCUACCGGCGUUGUGAGCCUAAACCGAAAAAAACCAACUGGGUCAUGCACGAGCACGAUCGCAUUGAUAGUGAAGCCAAUCCUAAACUGCCUCAGGAUUUCGUUAUCUGUCGCAUGAAGAAAAAAUCCGAUGAGGAGGAUACCUCAAUCGGUGAAGUUGAACUUGGCAGCUGUAGUGUGUCUAAUGUUGAAGAUCAUGCUGCAGCUGUUGUGACUCCAGGGGUGAGAAUGAGAAUCGUCUGGUCUUUUAACAUUUAUCUCAUGGAUCACGAGAAAUUUAUCGAAACUUAUGCAUCACUCUUUGAUUCUCUUCAGUCACAGGAUAACAGUUCCUCUACACCCCUAUCAUCCGGAUACAUAGAGCUGGAAGAUGUUCUGCAAGCCAAUGGCACCAAUGAUGAUUGUAAUGCAAUACAAUCACCAUUUGGAGAUAAUAAUUAUUCUUAUAUUAAUAAGAAUGAUAUUUCAACCUGUGAUGAAGGUGAACCUCAUAGUUUCACCGUAUCUGAUUUAAAAAAUGAAGCUCCACAUAAUAUGUCUCAACAGUUAUGUGUUCAGUCCCAAAACGACAUGGAUUCACUCUGUUUACAUGUCGCCCAAGAGUCACCAACAUGUGUUAUAUCCAAGAAUAAUGUUUCUACCAGUGAUGAUGAUGAACAAUUUAAGAACUCCAUUUCUAAUUUUGAAAAUCAAGCUACGAAUAAAAGGAUUUCAGAGGUAUGUCCUCCACCAGAAGAAGAUAUGGAAUUUUUCUUUGAUCUACCAUUUUUCUUUGAUCUACCUCAACUAGAGGACUACACACUGUAGCCACCAAUGAAAACAACAGUGGGAGAUGUUUUGCAUGACACUAUCGAAGUGCAGGAGUGGUACGAACACCAAAGUAGUGUCAUGGAUGUGUAAAAUGCUAUUAUGCAUUAGCUAAAGGAGAAUAGUAAAGAGGGCUUUUGAAUUAGGCAUGGAAAAGGUAGCUCACAGUAACUGAAGGCCUUCUUUCAAGUUCGUGGAAAUAUCUCCCUGAAGUCGUUAAUCAAAUCCUCCACGGAAUAAUGUUUCGACCAAGCCAUAAUGCGCCUUAUUGGCAAUGCUUUUGUUUGUUCUGAAGCUCUUGCUGCGUGUCUGCUGUAGUAUCUAUCAGAUGACAUAUUAGUGUUACUUGAGAUGUAUUUUUGUUAUAUUUGGAAUGACUCAAAACAUAUGGUUGUAGUUUAAGGUGCUACACCUUUUUGUAAGUAUCCUUUUGUAUUGUUUAUCAGGGAAAAGGAUCAUCGAGGAUCCAGUGAUCCUGUGAUCGUGACCGUUCAUCGUAUAUCGUGUGAUCAGUUUUUGUUAGAUACUAUUUAUAUCCUUUUCCGUUUAUCAGAACCUCUUAACGUUGAACGGGCUUUUGCA